AUGAAAAACUAUUUACAAAAAUGUAAUGUUAUAAAUAAAAUAACAAAAAAACCGUUGGAUAUAUUUUUUAAAAAAAUCUUUUUAAAACCAACAAUAAAACAUGCUACCUUCUUCUCAACAAUAAAAAAUGAAUGUUCACAUGUAAAAAUAAAUAAUGAUACUCAUGAUAAGAAUAUAAUCAAAUCAGGAAAAGAGAAAAACAGUAAAAAUUGUAAAAAUUACAAAAAUUAUAGAAAUGAUCAAAAUGGAUCUUUAGUCAAUAAUAUCAAAAUAUAUAAACAAUCAGAAUUGGUUAGGAGAAUUAGAAAAUAUUGUAGAAAAGAUGAUUUAUGUAAUAUAUAUAAAUUUACUGAUGAAUUCUUAGAUCUUUUAAAUAAACAAGAAAUAACACACAACGAUUUUAUUAUUAUAAUCCAUUUAUUAAGUAAAAAACAAUUUAUGGAAAAAGAUUUUUGGAGAAAUAUAACAAAUUUAAAUAAUAUAAAUUUUAUUUUCCAUAUGAACAUAAAACAAAUCAUUCUUUUCCUUUAUAGUAUUGUAAAUUCAUUCAAAUAUAUUCAUCCACAAUUUUUAAACAUUUUUACUAAUAAUCUAAACUCCAUUUUAGAGAAUCAAAAGAAGAACUUAUUAAUAUGUAGGAAAAACAAUAAAAUACAAAUUCCAAAAAAAAAAAUUCAAGCAGAAAUACAAACAAAAAAACAAAUAGAUAUAAUAGAAAAUAAAGUAAAGGCACAUUCAAAUAAUAUAAAUAAUGAUUACAAUGAAUAUAAGAAAGAUGAAUUGAAUAAUUUAUUAAAUAAUAAAAAUUUAAAUAAACAUGAGAAUAAAUUAUAUAUUUAUAAUAAUAAGAUAAACGAGCUAAAUCUUUUAGAUAUAACAUUAAUAUGUUAUUCAUAUUCUAAAUUAAAUGAUUUAGAGAAUUUAGAACACUUAAAUGAUUUAAAAAACAACAUGUAUAAACUUUUUGUUUAUUUUUUAUUUUUCUAUAAAAAUGAUUUUAAUCAUUUAAUAUUGUUUUUAUAUAGCUAUAUCAAAUUGAAUGAAUGUAUAAAAAAAAGUAUAUUAAUUAAAUUGAAAAAAAUGAUAUUAUUUAUAAAUAAACAAGCCGACAUAAACUUCAUGCUUCCUUGUUUGUAUUCUUUAAAUUUUUGUUCUUUAAAUAUGUUAAUGAAUAUAUUACAUAAAAGUCACUUUAAAGAUGAACAUUUUUUCGAACAAAUUAUAUUAUCAGUUGUUAUCAAUUUAAAUGUAAGUCAACCGAAAAGGAAGAAAAUAAAAAGUAAUAUAUUAAAUGGAAAUUAUGAUAGUAGUGAUAAUAUUAAUAUAGACAAUCUAAACAAUUCGCAUGGCUAUGAAAUACAAAUAUUUAAUAAUACAGACAUGUAUAAUAUAGAAGAUUAUAAAAAGGAGGAAAAAUAUAUAUAUAGCAAUAAUGAAAUAUAUAAUUACAACAACAAUAAUAAUAAUAAUAAUAAUAAUAAUAAUGGUAAUAAUUUUUAUAAUUAUUGUAAUAUUCAUUAUUGUUCCUAUAAUUUCAUCACAUAUUUCAAAAUAAUAUCAUCUCUUGUUAAACAUUUUGUAAAAAAUAAAAACAACUAUUUUUAUCCCCAGAAUAACCAACUAGUACAGUUAAAAAAAAAAGAUUUUUGUUUCCUACUAUAUAAUGUAAAUAAAUUAAACAUAAAAAAUUAUUAUAAUAUAUAUGAUUAUUUAAAAAAAGAAGCAUAUAAACAAAUACACACUUUAGAUAUUUAUAACGCUUGUAUUGUAUUAAAUUCACUUUUAAAUCUAAAUAUACUUGACGAAAAAAUAUUUAAUAAAUUGUUUACACAUUUAAAAAUUCUUUUUGAUAAAAAUAUGUAUAAGGAAAAAGAUAUUAUAGAUAUAUUUGUAUCAUUAAUUACAUAUGGUAAAAUAAAUCAUAAGGUAUCUAAUGAAAUAAAUUCAUUCUUAAUAAAUGUAUAUAACAAAAUCGAAUAUAAAAUGAAAAAAUAUAAUUUCAAAAAUCUGUUAUUAAUCUUCUGCUAUUCUUCAUAUAUUAAUAUACAUUUUAAUAAUUCUACAUUACAAGAUUUAUCUAUAGAUGUACUUAACAACUUUGAAAAUAUUGAUAUAAAAUAUAUACUUAUCUUUUUAUAUCUUUUAAAAUAUAAAAAUUAUCAAAUGAAUAAUUUCUUUAUAGAUUCUUUAAUACAAAAAGUUUUAUAUAAAUUAAAAGGCGAAAAAAAAUAUUUAAACGUUUUAUAUACGUAUUUAUUUCAAAUUAUAACAGUUCAUUCUUUUCAAUCUUUAUACAAUGAAAAAAUCACAAACAUGUUAAUACAGAUGUUAAUUAAGAAUAAACAAUUUUUUAAUUUAAAAGAAAAAAUUAUAAUAUCUUUACAUAUAUAUGUAAAUCCUAUAUUAAUUUUAAAUCAGUCAUGUGUAUCAUUUUGUGAAGAAACCUUUCAAAACUUAUUAGAUUAUUUGUAUAUAACAAAAACGAAAAAAUAUAAAAUAUAUAAUCAAAUAUAUAAUAAAAUAAAUACAAAAGGAAAAAAUAAUGACAAUAAAACAUAUCAUCACUAUAUAAUAAAAACAAAUCAUUUCAAAAAAUAUAUAAAUGUAUUAACAAAUCAUACAAAAAAAAAUAAAUAUAUGCAUGAUCAGAGAUUUUAUCAAUUUUUUCAUUUUUUUUUUAACAACAUCAAUGUACAAGAUACACACACUAUUUGUAACAUAGAUUUUAAUAUAGACCAUAUAAAUAUUAAAGACUUACACUUUUUUUUUUUAUAUUUAUCACUAAUAGAUAUUAUAAAAGGAAAAACAAUCUUAACACACACUAAAAAAAUAUUUCAUAUGUUAUAUAGAAAUAUUAAAAAAUAUUCACAGUUAAAAGAAAAAAAAAAAAAAAAAAAUAUAUAUAUAUAUAAUCAAUUCUAUUUAUAUUUAUGUAAAUAUUUCCAAUUAAAUAUACAUUUUCAAAAUAUAUAUAUUAAAUUAAAUAAUGAUUCCUUUAAAUAUUUUCUAAAAAAGAAUAACAAAAAAAUAUUUGAUCACAACAAAACUUUAACAACAUAUUUAAAUUUAAAUAAUAAAAUGAAAAAACAUAUACCAAAUUUAAAUGUUAAUAAUUAUUCAAACAAAAGACAAAAUGAACAUAAUAAUAAUAAUAAUAUCAUGUUAAGAAAGGAAAAAAUAAAUAUAUAUAAGGAAGACAUAAAAAAAUAUUUCCCACAUUUUGAAGAAACACUUUUUAAUACCAUCAGCAUAUAUUAUGAAGACUUGUUUUUAUAUAUGAUUUCUCAAAAAAAAAUAAACGAAGAAAAUAUUAAAAAAAUCUUUUAUCAAUCUUCUAUAUAUUACAAUAAAUAUACCCAUUCGUGUCCAAAACAUGAUAAUGACAAUAUAAUCAUAAAAAUGAAAAAAGACUUUUUUAUUAAUUUGUUUUAUAUACCAUAUGUUUUUAUACCAAUAAAACUAACCAUAUAA